CAGGACUGACUAAACAACGAGUUCCACUUCAUUUUAUCUCGACCGCAAACACUUGUAAUUCGCUUAUAUAAAUGUCACACGCAGUUUCUUUUUCACUUAGGUCCCGUCUAAGAUAAACACGCCAAAAUGCGAGCUGUUUUAUUGGUAACCCUUGCAGCUGUGGCUAGCAGUUCCGUGUUGGCCCAGAAAGAUCCGCACUUUGUCGACGGAAGAAAUACCAUCGUCCACCUGUUCGAGUGGAAAUGGGCAGACAUUGCUGCAGAGUGCGAGAACUUCUUGAGCAAGAAGAGAUUCGGAGGCAUUCAGAUAUCACCUCCAAGUGAAAACGUCAUCAUUGACAACCCCUACAGACCAUGGUGGGAAAGGUACCAGCCCAUCAGUUAUUCACUGACGACAAGGUCUGGGGAUGAAGGAGCAUUCGCUGACAUGGUUCGACGAUGUAAUCAAGUUGGCAUACGAAUUUACGUCGACUUAGUCGUCAACCACAUGGCUGCCACUUCCGGUACAGGUACUGCGGGCAGUAACUGCGAUGCAGGAAGCAAAUGGUACCCGGCCGUCUCAUACAGCAACGAAAACUUCCAUGGCAGUUGCGAUAUUGACUACAACGACGCGAACUCGAUCAGAAACUGCGAGCUCAGUGGACUGAAAGACCUCGACCAAUCGCAGGAUUACGUCAGAGGAAAGAUCAGGGACUACAUGAAUCACUUAAUCGGUUUGGGCGUGGCCGGUUUCAGGGUCGACGCCGCCAAACACAUGUGGCCUUCCGACUUGGAGGCCAUCUUCAACAGCGUCGACAACUUGAACUCCGAGUUCUUCGGUGACGGUGCUAGGGCCUAUUACUACCAAGAGGUGAUUGAUACGGGCAAUGAUCCUGUCUACAAUACCGAAUAUAUAGGCUUCGGGGACGUCAUCGAAUUCAAACAUGGUGCUCAAUUGGGCAAUGCGUUCAAAGGGAACAACCCACUGCACUACCUCUCAAACUGGGGCACCGGUUGGGGUCUUAUCGACGGCUCCAACGCUCUGGUCAUGAUCGACAACCACGACACUCAGAGAAACGGCGACUUCGGUAUCUUGAAUUAUAAGGACAGCAAGCUCUACAAAGCAGCCACGGCUUUCAUGUUAGCUCAUUCUUACGACGCCACAACUCAGGUCAUGUCUAGUUUCGGUUUCGAGAGCAGCGAUGAUGGUCCGCCAAACAACAACGGUGAAUUGGUUUCGCCUGGAUUCACCGACGAUGGUACAUGCACCAACGGUUGGAUCUGUGAACACCGGUGGCGCCAAAUCUUCAACAUGGUGGAAUUUAGAAGCGUCGUGGCAGGAACCGGACUCAACGACUGGUGGGACAACGGAGACAACCAGGUCGCGUUCAGCCGAGGAGACAAAGGAUUUGCCGCCUUUACCAUUUCCGGCGACAUCAACGAGAGCAUCCAGACAGGUUUACCAGCCGGUACCUACUGCGACGUCAUAUCCGGUGGCUUGGAAAACGGCAGGUGUACCGGAAAAUCUGUCAGCGUUGACGGAAACAGCAGGGCGCAAGUGUCGUUAUCAGCUGGCGAAGACGAUGCGGUUUUGGCUAUACACGUCAAUGCCAAAUUGUAAAUUUUUAUUCUUAUGAGACUGAAAAUUAAAACGCUUUUUAUAUUA